CGAUAGAGCCGUGCAAAACGAUGGCGUUAAGUUGCAGAUCGCUUGUUGCAAUGAGCUCGCGUCGCCGCUGCUGCUAUGCAGGAAAUGCCCCAGCAGCAGUUGUUGCACUGUCUAAGAAGAAGAACUCAAGUCCGUGUCCUACUGCGGUGUGUAAGAGAGAAUUGCGUACCGGCAAGCAUGCGUUCACCGAUGCCCGUGAGAGAGAGACCGCUAUCGCUACCUUGAGCGGAUGGGCCGAGGUGGAAGAGGGUAGGGACGCGAUCAGCAAGUCCUUCAGUUUUUCCGACUUCAACGAGGCUUUCGCCUUUAUGACAAGAGCCGCGCUUGUCGCGGAAAAGAUGGACCACCACCCCGAAUGGUUCAACGUGUACAACAGGGUGGACGUGACACUCUCGACGCACGACUUGGGAGGGCUGUCCCGGAAGGACAUCAGGCUAGCACAGAGAUUAGAUGAGUUCGCCAAAGAUGCGCCGGAGGCACUGCCAUGAUCUGCUCGCGGAGAUGUCCCGUCUGAUUGCUGGUCACAACAACAGCUUGUACUCGAAAUCCUACAUGUUUAGUACCUCCGUCAGCCGAAAAGGAGAUCCAUCGGACAGAGCUUCAGCAACCGGUUUGCGCAGGACAACAUCAUCCAUCAACACCGCGUGGGUGGGAGUCAAACCUCCAGCAUGAAGCACUCAACAACGUUGCUGAUUUCCUUUCCUAGGUCAAAACUGCGAAGGGCGUCCACCCUCUGCGGCCCUUCUCCUAAGAGUGGUGUCGUCCCCGCUGUUUUCCUUGAGCGAGAACCUUAAGUCUCUCCUUUUCGUUUGCGGCCUUUAGGCCCUGUCGCACCUGGUCAGAACAGUCGGUGAACCGCAGAGAGAAUGACGCUCUUGAUGCUCGACGGAAGCAAAGGGUAGAUCGGUUGGGAUGGCCUCACAUCAGUCAGCCGGCCCACCAGACCCUUAUGGGGAACACUCUCUGCUAUUCCAUUGCCGCGCUUGCUAUCCACAGUAUGUACCCUCUCGUUGGGUAGUAAGUUGUGACCUCUCGAAGCCGGUUACCCUCAGUGGGAACAACGCAGACCUUUGAAGGUACUUGAGCAGAAGUCGGAACUGAUUUGUUGUACAGGUACCAACCACUCUCGGCUUUUCGUUUCAUACGCGGGCACG